AUGGGCGGCGCGGUCAGCCAAUGGGGCCAGGGCGGGAGAUUUGAAAGGACCUCUGCGUGGGCGCGGCCGGGAAGGUUCAGUUGUUUCCCAGCCGCCAGGGAGGUGGCUGUGCCGCCGGCUCCAGUUCCCUCCCCUUUCCCUUCUAAGGAUGGCCCAGAAGGAGAACGCCUACCCCUGGCCCUACGGCAGGCAGACGCUGCCCCUCUCCAGAAGGUGGUGGAGAACAACAGUCGGACCCCAAACUUCUCAAUCAGGCGUUCCUUCACAAUCGACGACUUUGAGAUUGGGCGUCCUCUGGGCAAAGGCAAGUUUGGAAAUGUGUACUUGGCUCGGGAGAAGAAAAGCCAUUUCAUCGUGGCGCUCAAAGUCCUCUUCAAGUCUCAGAUAGAGAAGGAGGGUGUGGAGCACCAGCUGCGCAGGGAGAUCGAAAUCCAGGCCCAUCUGCAGCAUCCCAACAUCUUGCGUCUCUACAACUAUUUCUAUGACCGGCGAAGGAUCUACUUGAUUCUGGAGUAUGCCCCCCGGGGGGAGCUCUACAAGGAGCUGCAGAAAAGCCACACUUUUGACGAGCAGCGAACAGCCACGAUUAUGGAGGAGCUGGCGGAUGCUCUGAUAUACUGCCACGGGAAGAAAGUGAUUCACAGAGACAUAAAGCCGGAGAAUCUGCUCUUGGGGCUCCAGGGAGAGCUGAAGAUUGCUGACUUCGGCUGGUCUGUGCACGCCCCCUCCCUGAGGAGGAAGACAAUGUGUGGCACCCUGGACUACCUGCCCCCAGAGAUGAUCGAGGGGCGCACGCACAACGAGAAGGUGGAUCUGUGGUGCAUCGGAGUGCUCUGCUACGAGCUGCUUGUGGGAAACCCCCCCUUCGAGAGCGCUUCCCACAACGAGACGUAUCGGCGCAUCGUCAAGGUGGACCUGAAGAUCCCCCCUUCCAUGCCUGCAGGAGCCCAGGACCUUAUCUCCAAGCUGCUCAAGCAUAACCCCUCAGAACGCCUGCCACUGGCUCAGGUCGCAGCCCACCCUUGGGUCCGGGCCCACUCCCGGAGGGUGCUGCCCCCCUCUGCCCUUCAGUCUGUCCCCUGA